ACCACAGUAUGGAAAAAUAUCAUACAGCGUAAGCGUAUAACGGAAAGUUAUUUAAUCAAAAUUUGUUGGUCAUUUUAACUAUUUUGGUUUGAAAGCGCUUUGAAUCCGAAUUAAAUUGUUUUUGACGUAGUAUCGCAGUUCAGUUGAUAUCAUUUAAAUUAGUUCUACAUUAAGUAUGUCUUUUAUGGGAGAUACAUUAUCACCAGCUCCUCUUUGGCAUAAUGGUCCAACUCCAGGAGCAUUUUACAAUUUUCCUGCAAAUUCAUCCAAUUUGGGGCCUGCCUCCCGUCCACUACAAGAUUUCCGGGCUCACUCUGCAAGUCCAAUAACUACAACAACAUCUGUUAUAGCUGUUCAGUUUGAUAAAGGCUGUGUAAUUGCAGCAGACACACUUGGUUCAUAUGGCUCUUUAGCUAGGUUCAGAGACUGUCCCCGUGUAAUGAAAGUCAAUGAUCUUAUAAUGCUUGGAUCUGGAGGUGAUUAUGCUGACUUUCAGUACUUGAGGGAUAUUAUUGAACAGAAAAUUAUCGAUGAACAGUGUCUUGGAGAUGGCCUGAACUUAAAACCGCGGUCUCUCCACUGCUGGCUAACAAGAGUGCUGUACAACAAGAGGAGCAAGAUGGAUCCAUUGUGGAAUAAUUAUGUUGUUGCUGGCAUACAGGAUGGUGAGCCAUUCCUUGGUGCAGUGGAUAAGCUUGGAACUGCAUAUGAAGAUGCAGCUAUUGCCACUGGGCUUGGAGCGUACAUGGCAACACCCCUAAUAAGGGAUGCAACUGAAAAGGGGCCGCUGGAUGAAGAGUCAGCCAAGGCUUUGGUGCGCAAAUGUAUGGAAGUUUUAUUCUACCGAGACGCGCGUUCGUUUCCUCGAUACCAGCUAGGUGUGGUGACAGCUGCUGGAGUUACCAUUGAUGAUACUGUAGAACUUAAACACGACUGGUCAUUGGCACACAUGAUUAAAAUGAAGUAGAUACCUGUCAAAUAAAUGUUUCUUAAUACAA